AUGAUGAAAAUGCCUAUGCCAGGUAUUGACAGUGUGAAAGUAGCAGUACGAGUGCGGCCUUUUAGUCAGAGAGAGAAGAAUUCUGGGAGCAAAUGUGUGAUUUCCAUGCAUUCAAGGACUACCACCACUAUUCAGGAUCCUAAGAAUCCUGAACACACAAAGACCUUUACUUUUGACCUGGCAUAUUGGUCUCACAGCGGAUUUCAAAAGGAUAAAGAUGGUGUGUUUAUUUCAGCAGACUCUAGCAGUAAAUUUGCAGGCCAGAGAGAUGUGUACAACGAUCUUGGCAGGGGAAUUCUGGACAGCGCUUGGCAAGGCUAUAAUGCUACUCUCCUGGCCUAUGGCCAAACUGGCUCUGGAAAAAGCUAUUCCAUGAUGGGAUUUGGUGCAAACAAGGGUAUCAUCCCAAACGUUUGUGAGGAGCUCUUUCAAGCAAUUGAGAACCGACAGAGAAACCAAGAAUACCAGGUUACAUUUAGUAUGCUGGAAAUUUACAAUGAACAGGUACGAGAUUUGCUGUCUAGGACCAAGAAACCUGGAGGGUUAAAAGUAAGGGAAGAUCAGCAGCUGGGCUUUUAUGUGGAUGGCCUGAAGUCAGUGCCCUGUGAAAACUAUGCACAAAUUGAAAAGCUGAUGGAACAAGGAGCAAGAAUAAGGACGACAGCUACCACCAACAUGAAUACCAGCAGCAGUCGCUCUCAUAUGGUUUUUACCAUUCGGUUCAAGCAGGUCUUCCUGGACAGAGGUCUCACCAAGCAAUCCAGUAUCAAUUUGGUGGAUUUAGCAGGAAGUGAAAGGCAAAAAUCUUCAGGAUCGGAAGGAGACAGACUGAGGGAAGGGUCACGAGUUAACUUAAGCUUAACCAAUUUAGGAAAUGUUAUCAGUGCUCUGGCAGAUGCAGCCAUUGGGAAGAGAGUCUUACAUAUCCCCUACAGAGACUCUGUUCUCACCAAACUGCUCCAGUCUGCUCUGGGAGGGAACAGCAGAACCACCUUGAUUGCAGCCAUAAGUCCAGCUGACAUCUGCUAUGCAGAAACUUUGUCGACAUUAAGAUAUGCUGAAAGAGCUAAAAAGGUCCAGAACAAGGCUGUGGUCAACACAUCAACGCUGAGGAGGGAGACCAGGACAGACAGCAGCAAGCUUCUGCAAGGGUGCAGGAGCUCCAGCAUGGCAGAGCAGCAGGGCUGUUUGCUGGCAGAUCCAGGGCUGGGCUUUCACACUGAUCAGAUGUCCUGGGCACAGCAGCUAGAACGGGCUUGGCAAGAGUGGCAGCAGCACUGCGAGGCCGUUACCCAGGAGCGGCAGCUGACGCAAACCUGCCCCCACCUCCUCAACAUCAACGAGGACCCGCAGCUCACAGGGGUGCUCAAGUACUUCAUCCAGGAGGGUACGUGUGAUGCUGGGCAGGCUGCUUCAAAUUCCAUCACUCUUCAUGGUUUGGGAAUUUCCGAGAAGCAUGCUUCCUUCACAAACACGGAUGGGAAGGUGACAGUUGCCCCACACAACAACUGUAAGGUUGUCGUUAAUGGGGUCCCCAUCACAACCAAGACCAAGCUGCAGCAUUUGGACCGCAUCAUUUUGGGAUCCAACAGCGCCUACCUCUACGUCGGCUUUCCUUCCGAGCGAGGCAAGGAUGACCUGAGCACAUUCGAUUAUGACUUUUUCCAACAGGAGCGAGCCGCCGCUGAGGGCAUGAGUGUGGACACGCUGGGUGCCAUGAACAGGGGAGCCGGGAAGGCAGACCCCAGUGUCCUGGCUGUGUUCCAGGACUAUGUCAAACUGAUGCCCCUGGUUGCAGAAGCCAAUCAAAUGAGUGAAGAGCUUGAGAAGGGACUUAAAAUGGAGUUGAAGGUGAAGAAUUUAGCAUCAUCAGACUCUCGGGGCUACGACCUUCAAAAAGAGGUCAUGGUGAAGGUGACCAACCAAAGGACUCAUGAGGUAUGGAUCUGGUCCAAAGCCAAGUUUACCAAUAGGAAAUUCCUGAUGGAAGAGCUUUACCAGCGCUUUCUAGAUGGAGAAGACAGCCACGUAGCACCGGAAGACGAUCCUUUUUGGGAUCCUGUUGAGGCUGUUCACUUGGGCUCAGCUCAUGUCUGGCUGCAGUCACUUGCCUACUGCAUGAAGUUGGAGGACCAGGUGGAGUUUCUGAACUGUGAUGGGCUGGAUGAGGCCGUGCUGCAGAUCCACAUGAGCCCCUGCUCCCCAACAGGACGAGAAUGUGGAGAGGAGGAGGUAGUCAUUGACCCUUUGGAGUUGCUGGGCAAGAGGAUGGACUUCCAGAUUGGCAUCGUUCGGUGCCUUGGUGCCAAGUGGCUAAAGGAAUAUGCAGAACGGGGCAUUCAGCUGGGGUACAGAAUGUAUGAUCUUCCACAUACUUUGUAUACUAAGCCCGUGUGGAAAAAUGUGAAUCCCCCAAUUGAAGAAACCAUCCAAUUUACAGCCUUACAUGCCUCGCGGGAGUUCCUGGAUUAUUUACAGACCAAUGCUCUGGUUGUGGAUCUGUGGGGUCUCCAAGAGGGCUGUGCUGACCUGGGUUGUUCCCAGCCUGACCUCGCUCUCACAGGAAGAGGCCACUUCAUGGUGGACACCCGGAAAAGUUCCCCCGUGUUCGACGCAGGCCAGGUUACAUUAAACCAGACACCAGAACUUUAUCUGAAGCUGCUCAAGUUAGAACAGGAGACAGAGCUGCUCAGAAACCUGAACCGAGUCCUCAGGGAGGAAAAUGUCGCUCUCAAAGUCUCACUGGAGAAAACUGGUUCUUCUCAGCCAGGUGAGAGACUGCUCAUGCCUCAUGGGACAACAGCACAACUGCUGGAAGUCAGAGAGAUUCAACAAACAUGCACUCAACAAACCAGCUGCGACAGAGAAUUCGCCAAGGCCCUUAAGGUGUUCUACCAAAGCAUGAACAGAGCUAGAGGACAGUUUCUCAGCCUAAGGCAUCAUAAGCCUCCCGAAGAGGAUCAAAUGCUCCGAGUAUUUAUACACCAACAGUCCCAAAUGUUAAAGGAUUUUGGAGAGCUCCUAGAGUCCAGCUUGUGGAAAUUGAAAAAUGAUGUUGCCCUUAUAGUGAAAAAGAAGAGAGAGCAUUUAUUGCAUCUCAAAGAGUGA